CACUGCAUCCGGAUUUUCUACUGCAUAUAUUUUACUGUACUGUGAAUGACUGAAUUGAUUUCCGAAACAUAGAUAUCAUGAACCUUAGUCAAGCCUGGAAAAUCGUCUCUCCCACUCAGGGGACCCUGAUUAAAACCUUGUGAAAACUAAAUUUGUGAGCAUUAAUUUUAUCAGGUUAGCCUUUUCUGUAGUUUUUCUUCCUUGAUCAAAAUGUGGUUCAGGGCUGCGGUGUUCCUAGCCAUGUUGGUGGCCUCAAACACUGCAAAACUCGCUCCAAGAUCCUCAGACUUUUCUGCAGAUGUUCCAGAGAUUGAUUACUCAAAGGCAGAUUUUUUGGAUGAGAUUGGGGCAAGGCCAGAUGCCAGAGCAUUCCAACAAGCUAGUGGCAUGCCUUUGGAUGAGUCUCAGUUUGUUGUAGCAGCAAAUGAUGCACUCAUCUUGCCUUCUGCUGAACAUGAUGGUAUCCCAUUGCCAGUUGAAGACUGGCCUGUGCACCCUGAGGACCCUGUGGACAGCUUUGAGGCCCUCAGGGACAGACUCACUGAUGCUGUGGAGACCAUCUUCCCAGAAAGAGUGGAUGAUUACAAAGAGUCUCAAAGAAGAGCUAACCUAGGUGUCAAGAAACAGACUCCUAUAGCAGAUCUGUCCAACAAAAGCAGCAGGACCCCCUCAAUUAUGAGUGAGAUUGAAGACCUGUUGGCUGAAGUGUCCCAUCAUGGUUUGGCAAAGGGUGCAGAGGUUUCUGUUGAGGGUGAGGUACCAAAACUAGGCUAUGGCCAAGGGUCAGGGGACACCUGCUUCUGGAUGCUUGUUGGCUGGAUGGGCUCUGUGUCUGUGUUUGCAGUUCCAGCAGCAAUCCUGUAUCUCUAUGUUAAAUGCACAGGAAUUGAAAUAUGCAAAGUGGGACGUCCAUGUUGUGGACACUCUCCCUCUCAUGGUGGUAUCAAUAACUACCCCCAGAGUGCCCAGGAUGAUGAAAGAGAAAUGGAAGAUGCUGGAGGAGCUGAUUACUUUGUGGUACAUCCAUAUGGGGAUACCAACAUCAUGGCUGCACAGUAUGGACUCAGUUAUCCUGCUGGUUCUCCUGCAAACAUUAAUGAUCCUCUGUUGACAAAUCCAUCAGGCUCUGUUCCUGUUUCUGGUUUCUACAAUUAUGGACAUUGAUUGAAAAAUUUCUGGAAAAAUACUCAUCCAUUUUUAUCAUGUCAUUUUUGACAAUAAAUUGCUUUUUUCCUGAACA